AUGCAAAGAUCUUUUGAAACAGAAUUAUUAGUUGAUAAAUAUAGACCAAAAAAGUUCCUUGAUUUAAUCGGUGACGAGAAUCUUCACAGACAAGUUAUGAAAUGGGUUAAAACUUGGGAUUUUUGUGUCUUUAAUAAAAACACUAUCGAUGAACAUGAUGAUCUUCAGGAUAAAUGGAAGCGUCCAAAUAGAAAAAUUUUAUUGUUGGCUGGCCCACCAGGAUCCGGAAAAACAACUUUAGCACAUGUAGUAGCCCAUCAUUGUGGCUAUAAUCCAAUAGAAAUAAAUGCUAGUGAUGAUCGUACCGGAAAAACCGUCAGCAAUUUGAUUAAAGAUGCUUUAGAAUCUCAAUCGAUCGUUUUUAAUAAAAAACCUUCAUUAAUAAUUAUUGAUGAAAUUGAUGGUGUUUCAAGUACUGGUGAUCAGAAUUUUAUUAAAUUAUUGAUAGAUCUGAUUUCUUCUUCAGACAUAUAUUUGCCUAAUGCUAUUGCCACUAAAGCUGACGACCAAAAAUCAAAUAAAAAACCAAAGAAGAGAAACCAAUUACUUCGUCCUAUUAUAUGUAUUUGCAACGAUCAAUAUGCACCAGUUUUACGUCCUCUUCGAACAAUUGCUCAAGUUUUUCAAUUUAAAAUACCGCCAAGCACAAUUGUUGCCAAUCGUUUAAAAGAAAUUUGCAAGAUCGAAAAAAUAUCAGUUGAUAUGAGAACUUUAUCUCAUUUAGCAGAAUCUGCAGAUGGUGACAUCAGAAGUUGCCUGAACAAUUUACAGAUCUUAAAAGGACAAAACAAAAGCAAAACAACUAAUGUGGUAGAUCUUGGUGGAAAAGAUAUUAAUCCUUCUUUGUUUAAAGUUUGGGAUGAAAUCUUUCAAUCUCAAACAUCAAAAAUAAUAAAAAUGGGAAAUAAUUUUAAAUUUGAUGAAUAUGGUAAUCCGAGAGAUCCUAAAUCUUAUGGAUAUAUAGAAUAUUUCGUUUCAAUGAUUUCUAAUAAUGGAGAUUAUGAAAAAUUGAUGCAAGGGUGUUUUGAAAAUUAUUUGGAUGUAAAAGUUCAUAAUCAGAUGUCAAAUAUAACUAAAAUGUCAGAAUGGAUCAAUCUUUACGACACUUUAAACACUUGGACUAAUACAAGACAAUCAUAUGAAUUAUUGGGUUAUUUUCCUUUUCCAUUGAUCAACUUUCAUCGAUAUUUUGCCAGCAAUUCAAAACAAUAUAUCAGAUUUCCAAAAAAAGAUUAUGAAAAUGCCACGAAGCUUAAGGAAAAUGAAAAUAUACUUACAUCCGUCCUGAAAUCGUUGCCUCCUACUAUUCAAUGUAAACUAAAUAUUGGAAGAUUCACUAUAGAAGUUUUACCAUAUUUAUUAAAAAUGAUAUCUCCUGAAUUAGUAUUGGGAAAAGUGCAAUUUGUCAAUGAUUCAAACAAACAUAAAAUAACAAGAAUUGUCGAAAUAAUGACACUGCUUAAUUUAAAGUAUACUAACCAAGCAAAUGAAAAUGGGAGUUAUUCUCUUGACCCAACGGAAAUUCAACACAAUGCUAGGAGACUUGUGGCUCAAGAGGUUCAUAAAGCUUUAAUAAAAAAAUUGGGAAAAGCUCCAGUAAAACAAUAUAGUAAAAAUAUGUAA